UGCAGGUUAUGUCCACACAUCACUCGAGCCCCUGCUGGGCUUUGAAAAGGGACUGAGCAGGUGAGGGGCCCUGAAGGUGGAGCUUCCUGAGCUGUAAGGUGGCAAAUUUGCUGUCGUGUGGAGGUCCAACCUCUGAGGCUCCCCCUGAAGGGGUGCGAUCUGCCUUCACACAUCCCGUUCUGACGGGGCCUGUGCGCUGUCGCUGUCCCUCAGACCCUGGGAGACCCACAUUUGUGCUUCCCAUGUGCCCCGAAAGGCGUCAGCUUUUCCCCUGGGUUCCACCCUCCAUGAGAGUUGAGUCUAAAUUCCUUCUUUCCGGCAUUUGAGUGAUGUGAAGAAAUUUUAAAAUUACCCUUUUACACAAUGGUUUCAGCUGGAGGGUGGAUCCCCUGAGUCUCCAGGACCAGUGAUGACCACGGUGGCCCCCUGGGGGACCACCUUCUCGACUUACACCUCAUCUGUAAGGGGGUCACUUUCAGAUUCACAUCUGGACAUGCCUCUGAACCUCUGGGGCCUCAGUAUAUUUACCUGCAGGCUCAGGAGCGGGGAGGGGAGGUAGGAAAAUUUCUCAGCCACCACACCCCCCAACUACUAUGGAGGCCAAGUUCCCCUUCCAGGACUAUCCACAGUCUCUCCCCCUGGGCUUCCUGUUGGGGAAUCCUCAGCUCCACCCCAGAGCUGACAUUUCCCUCCCUGACACAGGGACCUGGACCUACUCUAUGAUGAGAGAGGCAGACAUGGUGCCCCUGUUGCUGCUGCCCCUGCUGUGGGGGGGGUCGCUGCAGCAGCAGUCAGGCUUUGAGCUCCAAGUGCAGGAAUCCAUGACGGUGCAGGAGGGUCUGUGCAUCCACGUGCCCUGCUCCUUCUCCUACCCCUGGAGUUCAUGGUCUUCCUCUAGCAAAUUCUACACCUAUUGGUACUGGAAAGAAGACAACAUGCAGUACAGUAAGCCUGUGGCAUCAAACGACCCAAAUAAACCAGCAAAGGAAGAGACAAAAGGCCGUUUCCUCCUCCCAGACACCAGGAACAACAACUGUUCCCUGCACAUCAGAGAUGCCAGGAGGAGUGACGCAAAAAUAUACAUCUUCCGAAUGGAGAGAGAAAGUAUGAAAUAUACUUACAAAGAGAAGAUGCUGAAUUUGCAGGUGACAGCCCUGACAGAGAGACCCCACAUCCGUGUACGGGAGCCCCUAGAGUCCGGCCGCCCCACACAGCUGGCCUGCAGCCUGUCAGGGGCCUGCAAAGGGGGACGAUCUCUCACCUUCUCCUGGGAGGGAGUCGCUGUGGACUCACUGGACCCCCAGAACCUCAGCUCCACAGUGCUCACCUUCACCCCGAGGCCCGGGGACCAUGGCACCAACCUCACCUGUCAGGUGAAACGGGAAGGGUCCCAGUGGACCACACAGAGAACCAUCUGGCUCAAUGUCUCCUAUGCCCCACAGAAUCUCACCGUAGGCAUCACCUUCAGAAAUGCCACAGCUAGGCCUGGCCAGUGUGGCUCAGAAGUUGAGCUUCAACCCAGGAACCAAGAGGUCACAGACCUCAAGAUUCUGCAGGCCACUUCCCUUUCCAUCCUGGAGGAAGAGGCCCUGAGGCUGCGCUGUGUGGCUGACAGCAACCCCCCUGCCGAGCUGAGCUGGUUCCGGGGGUCCCCAGGCCUGAACGCCACCCCCCUCUCCAGCACCGCGAUCCUGGAGCUGCCUCGCGUGGGGCCUGCACAGGAAGGAGAGUUCACCUGCCAAGCUCGGCACCCGCUGGGCUCCCACAGUGUCUCCCUCAGCCUCUCCGUGGCCUACCCCCCGCAGCUGCUGGGACCCUCCUGCUCCUGGGAGGACCAGGGUCUGCACUGCAGCUGCUCCUCCAGGGCCCAGCCGGCCCCCUCCCUGCGCUGGCGGCUGGGGGCGGGGCUGCUGGAGGGGAACCAUGGCAACGCCUCCCACGUGGUCACCUCCAGCUCAGAGGGGCCCUGGACCAACAGCUCCCUGGUCCUCCAUGAGGGGCUCAGCCGUGACCUCAGACUCAGCUGCGAGGCCCGGAAUGUGCACGGGGCCCAGAGCGCCUCUGUCCUGCUGCUGCCAGGGAAGGCGGCGGUCCAGGCGGGAGUGGUCCCUGCGGCUCUCGGAGGUGCUGGAGCCCUGGCCCUGCUGUCCCUGUGUUUGUGUCUCCUCUCCUUUUGCAGGAGGAAAGCAACCAGGAGACCAAAGGUCACAAAUGAUGAAGAGCCUGUCAUGGGCACAGUCACCUGGGGUUCCAAGCGAAAACUUGGGCUAGACAAGCCCCCAAACCAAGGGUUGUCCACAGAGGAUCCCCCUCUGUCAGAGGAACACUGGGAGGUCUACUACGGCAAUCUCAGCUUCCAUGGGAUGAAGCCACAGGAACCUGAGGACCCGGAGGCCACCAGCAGCAUCAACGAGUACUCGGAGAUCUAGGAGACAAGCACAUGAGGACUCGCUCAGAGCUCGGUCCUGGCCAGAGGCAUCCCAGCCCCUCAGGGGGGAAGAAAUCAGGGACUCAUCGCAGAAGCAUGAGGCGGCCUUGUGGCACAAUUAACGUUAACAAUUGUAUGAGCAGCGCAGAAAGAAGACAGGUGACGGGAUUACAGAGAUGUGGUCUCAAACGCAGGCUUCAGCACAUCCCAAGGCAGCAGUCGCCAACUGGUGGUCCAUGAGGUCCGAAAGGUUGGCGACCGCCGUCAAGGCAGUGUCAUCACGUGGUGAUUGACUUCAUGUCUCUAUUGCUCAGUGUCCCAUUCUGUGCAGAGGGCAUGCAUUGUGCUGAAAGCUGGUUGUUGGAUUAAAUAAAUCAGCACAUGGACAUCAACCAACAUUGGUUCCGUCACAAA